AUGCCCACAUCCCAGCAGAACGCGUCUUCCCGGAGGGGGAAGGUCAGAAGAGUGCGGCUCUUGCGUGCGCUGAUCGUGAUCGGUGGGAUCUUUCUCACGCAGGCCAUACUUUACGGUCCAUCACUGUUGGGCUAUCGCAUCUUGUUGCCGCUGGACAUCUUGAUGAUGGACCGGAUGUAUUUACCGCAACUGCCUGAGACGCGCGGUUUUGUGCCUCAGAACAGCAUCAUGAUUGAUGAAGUAUCGUCGAUCGAGAUGCGGCGCUUGUAUGUUAUCGAAGAGGUGCGCGCGGGUCGGUUGCCUCUUUGGAGCCCUUACAAUUUUUGCGGCGCACCAUUUCUGGCGGCAAAUAACACGGCCGUCUUCUCGCCGUUUCGGAUCAUCGACUACCUGUGGCCAAGCCCGAUGGCGAUUGCCUGGGGACAGUUGAUUAAGUCCCUCGUCGGGGGCUGUGGGGCCUUCCUCUUUUUCCGCCGUGCGAUGCCUUGCAAGUUUUGGGCCGCCGCACUGGGAGCCUGGGCAUUUCCGAUUUUGGGAUUCUUCGUGCUCUGGCGGGCUUAUCCCGUUAGUUUCACGGCCAUUUGGCUGCCCUGGUUGUUGUUGGCCAUCGACGCGGCCAUUCGCAGGCCGAGCGGGUUUGGCGGCCCGCUGCUCGCCCUGGUGACUUUCCUUCUUUUACUUAGUGGGCAUGUUGCAACCGCAGGGCACGUGCUGCUGGCGAGCGGUCUGUUCGCGAUUUUUCGCUUGAUUACAGUUUGCCGCUGGCCGGGGAUGGUAACACUUCCGGGGCUGAAAUCGGCGGCGGCCGUCAUUUUCGGCUGGGCACUUGGCUUUUUGCUCUCCGCACCACAAAGCCUGCCAACCGUGGAGUAUUUGCGGACAAGCUACCGUGUGGAAAAACGGGCUGAAGGCCACGAUGAAGAGCCGGGAAUUGGGUUGGUCGCGCUGCCGCAAUUCGUAUUACCGAAUUUCUAUGGCAGUGAAGCGCGUGGGAGUCGUUAUGUCCCGCCCGGUGGAAAGUGGGAUGAAGAGACAGGCAUCUAUUUUGCCCGCGGUAGUCGGGCCGAAGGUGCGCCACAGGCCUAUGCAGGCUUGCUGCUAACACUGGUUUUAGCGCCGCUCGCCUGGGCUAAUCGGGGUCGCCGGGGGUGGGUGAUUUUUUGGGGCGUUGCUGGUUUUCUUGCCGCGGCUCACCUGCUGAAUGUGCCAGGGCUGGCUGCGAUCUUCGAUCUGCCUGCCUUAGAGUUGCUCAAGAACAAUCGUUUCACAUUCUUCACUGCCUGGUGCGUCGUUGCCUUGGCAGUGUUGGGUUUAGAUGCCCUGAUGCGGUACCGUGUGAGUCGCGAGGCGUGGUUCGGCGCUCCGAUGAUGGUGCUUGCGUCCCUCGGCGGAUGGUGUAUCUACCGGUUCUUCGUACCGCCACAAACAGUGCAGACGGGAUUGCGUCCCAAUCCACAGGACCCGGUAGAGACCGCGCAAGCCUGGUUUGCUUCGAUGUAUCUGCAGGCAGCAUUCUUGUGCAUCGUGGCACUUGUGUUUUGGGCCGUAAUCUUGUGGCGACCGCGGCAGAAGUGGUUAGCUCCUGCGAUAUUGAUUCUUGCGGUUGGCGAAUUGCUUUGGGUGCACUUUGGUGUGAACCCGCAAUGCGAUCCCGAGUUGUACUUUCCAGAGAUUCCUACUCUCGCUGAGUUAGCCGAACUUGAACCCGGCAGAAUUUGUGGUUUCUAUUGCUUUCCGGCUUGUUUGAAUGUGACGCAUGGCUUGCGAGACAUUCGCGGAUACGAUGGAGUGGAUCCUGCAGGGCUGAUUGAACUCUUGCGAUUGGUUGAGGACCAACACGGACAGCGGUUCACGCGACCAGUGUAUGCGUACAGCCAGUUGUUCCCGGCAGUCGAAUCGCCGAUUUUGGAUAUGCUGAAUCUACGUUAUCGCAUCGACCGUGGUGUCGUACCCGGUACGAUCGAGACGUUACUCACGGGCAAUGACUACGUGGUGACCGAGCGCGAGAGUGCCCUGCCUCGCGCCUAUGUUCCACGGGUUGCUGAAUGGAGUGAAGGUAAGGAAGCAACGCUCGACAAGAUGCGUUCUACGGAGUUUGAUCCUGGGGCAGUCGCUUAUUUUGAGCCGAUUGAUGGCAAGCAACGUCCUGAACUGCCAAGGGGUCCCUAUCGAGGUAUGGGACAUAUUGUCGAAGAAGUGCCGAGCCGGGUGGAGUUGGAGGUGGAGAUGGAGACUCCGGGAGUCGUGGUACUGUCCGAUCUGUGGUACAAGGGUUGGAAUGCAACCUUGAAUGGCGAGCCGGUCGACAUUUUCAAGGCGAAUCAUGCUCUGCGUGGAGUUGUCGUCCCUGAAGGCAAUUCACGAUUGGUCUUCGAAUACGACCCAGCUUCGUUUCGGUUGGGGAUCAAGGUUCCCAGAUUGGGAACGGUUCGUAUGACGUCGACUCCUGAAGAUUUAGUCGCACCAUCUGGACUUGGGCGUGGUGCCCGCCUGGUGAGUUGUCUUGUGAUCUUGGUCGCGGCGAUGGUGGCAGUCUUUGGCCGCGUUGCCGGCUUCGAAUUUCUUCUCUGGGACGAUCCAGGAAACGUCACUAGCAACCCGCUUUUACAACCUGCGACCUGGGAAAGUCUUACCCAGUUCUGGACCGCAUCUUACCAGCGGUUGUACGUUCCUGUGGCGUACACCAUAUUCUGGAUGGAAGCGAACUUGCAUGAGUUGUUCCCCUCCCUGGCUCUUGUGGAAGGUGCGUUCAACCCUGCUGUAUUCCACAUUGGGAAUUUAGUGCUGCACACGUUGACCGUGCUGACGGUCUUCAUGAUCUUGCGGAUCGUUGUCCAGCACGAUUGGGCCGCACUGGUGGGGGCAUUGCUGUUUGGCUUGCAUCCACUACAGAGCGAGUCGGUCGGUUGGAUCACAGACACUCGUGGGCUGUCGAGUGCCCUGUUGGGUCUCUUCGCGGUCUGGCUGUUCUUGCAACUCAGCGGAGUGGGAGACUUUGCGAACGAUCGUAGGUCGAGCGUUGGUGGCGCUUUGGCAAUGACCUUGUCGACAGUCUUGUUCGUGCUGUCUUUGUUGGCCAAACCCACGGCGGUGGUGUUUCCCUUAGUGUUGAUCGUGCUGAUGGCUGGAUGGAAGCCUGAUGGUUUGCGCCGGACCUGGCCUUGGCUGUUGAUCUGGAUUGUGGCGGGUGGCAUCUGCGUUGUCAUUUCCAAGAGUCUACAGCCAGAUGCGAUCAUUCAAUCGCUGACGCCUCUGUGGACGCGGCCAUUCAUUGCAUUCGAUGCGUUGACGUUUUUCCUGUACAAGACAAUCUUGCCGUGGCCGCUCGCUAUCGAUUACGGUCGCUCGCCGCCGGUGGUACUUGGUGGUCUAUGGCCCUAUCUAGCGUGGAUCGUUCCGUUGGCGUUGUUCGUAGUAUUGUGGCGGCUGCCGCACCGCCGGCUGUGGCUUACCGCGUACGGGGCGUAUAUAGCAGCACUACUUCCGAUGCUGGGGCUGGUGCCAUUUCGGUUUCAAGAUUUCUCGACCGUGGCCGACCGCUACGUCUACGUGGCUAUGCUAGGGCCCGCCCUGGCAGCAGCCUGGUGCGUUGCGACCUAUCGAACAUCCGUCGUGAUUGGGGGAAUCGCGACGCUCCUUGGACUCUAUGCCCUGCUCAGCUUCGUUCAGAUCGGUUACUGGCGAGACAACAGGACACUGCUCGUGCAUGAGUUGAAUGUAAAUUCGAAAAGCUUCUUGGCUUAUUCUUUGCUAGGAAAAGUUGAAGAACUCGAGGGCAACUUCAACGCAGCGGUCGAGAACUACGCGAAGGCGAUCGAAAUCAACCCAUUGGAAAUCAGUGCACGGACGAACCUUGCCAAAUUGCUGCAAGAAAGCGGCCAAUACGCACUGGCCAUUGAACACUAUCGCCUGAUUCUCACUCAAUCGCCCGAACUACUGCCGGUGAAAAUGAAUCUGGCUAUCGCGCUAGCUGGCGACGGGCGACGCGAAGAAGCUCAAGCUUUGUACCAAGAAGUGUUGGCGGCCGAUCCCGAUUUCAUCCUGGCGCGGAUGAACUACGCCGAAUUGCUACGCGAGAACGACGACUUGGAGGGAGCAGCCGAGCAGUAUCGAGAAGUGCUAGAGAUCGAACCGGGCAAUAUCCCCGCGCUAGUAAAUCUGGGCACGGUGCUCGGUGCUCAAGGUGAUGUGGAAGCUGCGAUCGAACAAUACCAAGCAGUGUUAGACCUUCGGCCACAUGACCUUCCGAUCAUUUCCAACUUUGCCCUGCUGCUGCUACAAGCCGACCGUGCCGCCGAGGCCGAAGAGCAGUUUCGUCAUGCGUUAGAACUGAAUCCUAGUUCCCCAGGAUUACAGCUACAGCUUGGCGAAGCCCUCGCCGCUCAGGGUAAAGACGCCGAGGCAAUGCGGAUCUUUCGUUCGCUGUACCAGCUACAGCCUGAGUCGCUGAAAGUGAAGCUCUCGCUGGCCUGGUUAUUGGCUACCUCUCAUGAUGAUGACAUCCGCAACGGCGAGGAGGCGCUUCAGUUAGCCACCACCGCUUGUCAGGCGACAUCGUUCGCCGACGCCAAGGCACUUGAUACGCUCGCCGCAGCCUACGCCGAGACGGGGAAUUUCGAUCAGGCCAUCAGAAGGGCAGAAACGGCAAGAAGAGUGGCAUCGCUGGAUGGUAAUGACGAGUUGGCCGUGGAGAUCAAUCUCCGAAUUCGUGACUAUCGCAAAGGCACUCCCUACCGAGCGCCGUGA